AUGGCAAAUGUGAAGCAGACGCGGGCUGGAGGAGGUCUCAAACGGCAAACAAGAGACUCGACAAGACGUGCACAGGGGAUCAUGAGACGACAUGGUAGAAUGCCAGUCAGACGCCUAGUUACAUGGCUGCAUAUGCCAGAAAUGACUCCUCCUAGGCACGGGCAGUUAUCCCGAAGAGUAAGCUGGUUAUGUCACUAUGCGUGCAUUGCCGAACGAUCAAAAGCAGGAUAUUGGUACCAUCGUCAUUCCCGUGAUCUUCUUUGUUCAAGCAAGGAUAAGGACCGUAAGGACCGUAAGGACCGCAAGGGCCAUUUCUGUGAUUGGAAUUCUUCUCACAACAGCUGCUUUUUCGAACGGGUCCAGGGCAAAUCUAGGGGAGCGCUGGGAGUGCAGAACAAGGGAAAUGGGAGAAAGAGAGCAAUACACCGAGGCUAUUGGCUAUAA